GUUGAGGAGGACUUGGAUCGAGCAACGUGCCUCAUUGCUGACGGCGAUGUUGCGGCGCUGCUCCCGAGCAAGACGCAAGGCGCUUUUCUGAAAAUGUUCUUGGGACCAGUAAAUCUGCGGGCAACAAGGAAGGAGGUGCAGCUCAAGGUGAAGGAGGAGUACAAUAGCUACAGGGACAGAACUGCCUUGCUGUUUCUUGGUUUUCCGGUGAUUCUGUUGUUUCUUCGAAAAUGGUUAUGGAAUGGAUGCUUUCCAGCAUUGCCAGUUCAGCUAUACCAGGCUUGGUUGUUAUUCCUGUAUACUAGUUUAGCUUUGCGUGAGAACAUACUGCGAGUUAAUGGAAGUGAUAUUCGUCCUUGGUGGAUACUUCAUCACUACUGUGCCAUGCUGAUGUCUCUUAUAAGUCUCACAUGGGAGAUAAAGGGGCAACCUAAUUGUGCACAUAAGCAGAAUAGAUAUCAGCGUCAAAGAUUAUAUACUAGGAUUGCUUUGGGGAAGGCUAAAAGAAUGGAUGUUGUAUGGGGAGAGACUGCUGGCGUUGAAGGUCAAUUGUUGCUGUUGUGCCCUCUCCUUUUUCUCUUGCAGGGAUUUGAGGGUUAUGUCGGGGUUUUACUUCUUCGCACAGCUCAUAUUGGCGUCGUCCCUGAGUGGCAGGUUGUGGUCUGCGGGAUCCUGCUGAUUGCAAUGGCAAUUGGUAACUUUGCAAACACAGUAGACACCUUGAUGGCUAAGUCCCGGUUCAAAGCGAAGAUGAAGAAAUCAAAGGGCAAACGGGAUCUCGAUACAUGCCCCUCACCAACAGGUUCAUCGCCGGCAGAUUCAACAACCAAAGCAUGA